AAUAGCUAACGAUAGUAAUGAGACAGUAUCGGCUAAUCGAACUCGUGCCAAUGUUUGUCCUGCAUAUCGUUUUUGCGUUGAACGUAAUACUGCCGCUGAUAUGGUAACCAUGGAUCAAGAGGAUUCUAUUAUAAGUAGCGAGGUAAUUUAGGAUUUUAAAUAAUCUUAUUUAUAUAAGUUUGAUAUGAUUUUAAAAGAAUUCUUGUUGCAGUUAUCGACGUUACGUGAACUUUUAGAGCCAAUUAAACAAACAGCGCUCAAAAUGAAACAACUUAGCCAAUUAAAAGACGAGGUACCUCAAACUGAAAUCGUCUGUCAUCAAUUAAGGCAAACAAACGAUCAGCUUCGUGAGCCUGAAGAUGUAUCUUCGACUUGUCAAUUGUGUGGAAUGAAGUUUGACGAACUUAUGUCGAAUACGAAUGAUUGUCAAGUGCAGCAAGAAGGCAACAUCUUCGAGGAAAGUGAUAAAGUGGAUGGUAGUAUUUCUGUUCGAAUAAUAUCAAGACCAGAAACUGAAACUCAAUACAUUGUUGAUGAUCUUCUUUUAAAUCUCAUUCGACAGAUAACAUCCUACAUAUUAGAGACUUCGCAGAAGCAACAAGAAGAAUUGGAGUCUGAAAAGAAAGAAGUAUCAUUAUGUAGAAGAACGAAAAAAGCAUGCUCGUUAUAUUCUGAUUGUUUAAAACCUCGAUCAAUAACAACUACCGAUGAGGAAUACAGCGAAGUACAAAAUAGAGGCGUACAAUUUCAAAAAUGUCUCCAACAAGAACCCAGCAUUGUUGAUGAUGAUUCAUUUAGCAUUCAAUCUUACGAAUACGUAAGAACAAUGGAUGUUGGCUGCGAAUGUAAAGUAGAAAGAAAGCACGACGAAUUAGACGGAACCAAUAAUCGAUCUUUAGAUCGUCAGGAAGAAUUGGAUUACGAAGAUCAUUCGAAUAUAUCGUUCGAUUCAUUUUUAAAUAUUCUGACAAAGUUAAUAACUCGUAAUGAAACAACUGAUUAUUUAGAGAAUAUAAACAUUACCGAACCAAUUUACUCUAUCAAGCCUAAAUGUGGAGACUUAUGUGAAGAUCCUACGAGUAGCAUGUCGUCGAAGAAAGAUAAGUGCAUUGAUUGUACUUGCGAGUUUGAUUCCCAAGUCAUGUCUCCCAAUAAAAUUGAAAUAAUAAACGAACAAUCAUAUUCGGUUGAAAAUUUUGAAAGUAUGAGUAUGGAAAUUGGUUCGAAGAAGGAUGUUGGUACAUCCACGUAUUCGAUUUCUGUAUUCAGCCAAAUUACUUCUACGUUACAAAUAAAAUCAACGAAAAGUCAAAAGUUAUCUUGUUCGACUCAAUGCGAUAUCGGGCCUGAGUGCAAAUGGUCUUUCAAUACCGGUAGUCAAGCAACGUCUGUAUCUGAUACGCAGAAAAGAAUAAAGAAACGGGAUCAUAGUAACUCAGAAGAGUUUUGCCCGUGCAAAUGCGGAUACUUUUUAGAAGGCGAAUCUACUUGUUCCUGUGAAUGUAUACGAUAUUCGAAUUCACCGUGUAUAGCUCCAAGUGAUUUAAAAAAAGUUAAAAAAAAGACAAAGCGCACAAUUAGUCCUACAAGUGAUCUUAAAAUACCAGACCAGAAGAGCUCUGGAUCAAAUAAGCCUACAAAAUCGGAAAAGAGUAAUUACGAAAUCAAUUGUCAAUUUUGUAGCUGCAAUGAAUACUCAAGUGUAAACAUUCCGAUAGAUCCAAUAGUGAAACGAAUGAAUAACAUAAUUGAUGGUCAAGAUACGAUAUCCGAUUCACAGGGAAAAUGUGAGAGCAAUUGCAAACAUUCAAAGGAUGAUAAGCAACUUGACUUGGAAGAAGAAGCGCGAAAAUUGCAACAGAAAAUCGAAUCUUAUAAAAAAGAGAACGAAUAUUAUCGUGAAUUAAUACAAGCUUGUAGUAGCUGUCAGAAGAACACAGAAAUAUUGUCCUGUCCUCCACCAAUUAGGGCAACGUAUUCCGGACUCGCAACUGCAAUCGAGAUCUUACAAAGUAAGUGCCGAAGCAAAGACAGCAUGAUAGCCAUUUUAGCAGAAGGAUUACGUGGUGUUGUCAAUUAUGCUCAAAUAGCCAAAAAUUUAGCCGCACCCUGUCUCGAAUAUACGUAUUGGGAUUUUGAUCGGUCUGCCCUUUAUACGUAUUUACGUAAAACCAUGAGCAAACUUUCUGUGGAAAAAAGAAUAAAUUCGACAUUAUCGUCAAAUGAAACGGUGAAAGAACACGACAAAGCUUUUCUUGAUUCGUCUUGCGACGACACUGUACCACCAUCACCGACAGAUUUCAAAGUCGUACAAGAAUUCUGCAAAUGUCUUUUACUCUCGUGGAAGAUACCCGAAAAUCUUGAAAAUGUUGCUGGUUAUCGGAUUUACGUCAAUGGGUAAAUGUUACUUUCUUCGUGAACAAGAGAUCGAGACGAUCAAGACUUGUUGAUUUUCUUAGAAAUUCGGCGACCAACGUGAGAUCUCCAACAAGAACGGAAACCAUUUUAGGAUUCAUGGAUUCCACGAAAUCCACGGAAUUAAAGUUGCAUAGCUUUAAUAAAAAUGCUAUAUUAUCCGAUCCAGUCACGAUAACUUAUUCCUCCAACAACGUGAAUAACGAUAGCAAUCAUUGACUUUCAAGAUUGACUUUCAGUUUUCCUACUGAUACGAUUAGCUUUUCAUAUCGUGGAAAAGAAACAGAAUGUAUUCAUUCGAUGUCCACUUAUCCUUUUAUGUUUCCAAACUAAUUCACCUUAUCAAGUUAAAAUAUAUUUAU